UGUCUUCUGUUUUGACUUCAAAAUGACAGAAAUGGUUUCUACAGAAAUGGUACAACAGAUGUGCUAAUGGUCAGCAACGUUUAUUUAGGAACGAGACCAUUGUGUUUGAAAUCUUCUUUGCAAACAAUAGCCUCUGAACUGAGUUGUUUACAUCAGUAGGACGUAUACUAUCUUAUGCAUGCACAGUUUUGUGACACAAGUAUUUCUCUGCAAGAGUUCGCCACCAGGAAAAAGUUACAACUGUUUAGUCCUGCUUGAAAGCGUCCAGUUAUCAUCAAUCGCUUCGUCAAUUGUAAAUCAGAGAAAAAUGAGACGGUGAAAUUGUUACAUUAUUCUACCGCAAGAAGAGUUGUAAAAGUUUAAGGGUUUUGUAAUCAAGUGCCUCACAGUCUUGGAUUUGCAAGUGUUUAUCUGGUACCGGCUGGUUUAGACUUAAAUGAAUUUUUAGUCGUAGUUGCCGAGGUUUAUGUAGAACAAGGAGAUGGUUGGUUAACUCCAUGAACUUCUAGAAAGGAUUCUCAUUAACGCCGCCACGGGAUACUACAGUUUAACCGACGGGACAAAUUAUGGAUCGAAUAGGACCAAUUCUAACUUCUUUGUUGGGGCCGGACAAGACAGAAGGCAGUCGUGGCAACGCGUAGCGUCUUAAAGAUCUAAAGCAAAUAUUCCUUUCAAUUCGACGAAAUCUUCAUCAACGUGAACUCAUUCCAAAGUCGUACUUACAAAGCUGUCGUUAGAAAUGAUGAAUUCUAAACAGCUUUUGCUUGAGUUAAAGUAGGUUUUAAGUUCUGUGCUAAAUUGAAGAGGCUGUCUACUCCCGAUAAUUGGGAUCAGUCCAGUCAAGCUCGGUUUUUUUUUAACAUUAUCAAAGAUGCCAAUUUCUUCUUAUCAUGGAUUGAGGAAGAAUUCUGUCCCGGCGACGCCGUGGAACAGCACAAGAAGUUCACCUCAUAAAAACCUUUCUCGUAAUAACUCAACGUCUUACAACUCAAACAAAAGACUCCUUGGUUUGCCAAGAUUAUGGAGUCACGAGGAAAAUAUGAUAGACGACGAACAAGGCCACGGAGAUAAAUAUUCCAAGAGUUGUCCUUCCUCAAUUGUUCAUAGUUCAAGAAUAUCUUCGGUCAGCUCUCGACCUAGAAGCGCUCGUUUGGCGGCUGAUAGAAGACUAAAAAGACGAGAUACAUUUCCAAAGUUUACAAGCGAAUUUCAUCGCAUUGAAAGUCGGGAAUAUAGAAGAAGCAAGAGUGAUCCAUCAAUUCUUGCAGAGAAGAAGCGAAGGAAAAGUAGUAGUUUUUCGAGUCCAAAAAGGCCAUCAACUUUAUGGACUGUGGGUAAGAGGCAAGAAAAACCUAAUUCGUCCUCGACAUGCAGAAAAAAGGUCAACAAUAGCGUCACUCCAUCUUCUUUAUCCUCGCCCGACGGGAGUUUAAAUGGCGGAUUGUCGAAGAAGCGCCCAAAUCAAGGAGAUAGGGUCGUAUGCAUACUAAAUAAGAAACCUCAACUUGGCCUCCUGAAAUAUAUAGGGAGAACACAUUUUGCCGAGGGCGAAUGGUGUGGGAUUGUGUUAGACGAAGCCUGUGGCAAAAACGACGGUUGUGUUCGUGGAGUGCGUUAUUUUCGAUGCAAGAAUAAACACGGGAUAUUUGUACAUUCGCACAAAGUUAGAACUGCCGAUGACAUUACACUGUCGCGAUUAAACCUGAUAGAAAGCCCUUGCAGUCCACAAUUACCGGAAAAGAAGAAUAAAAAAGGUAAUCAGAGCGAGCAAAGCAUGUCUUCUGGUGAUGUGAAAGUAAUGCGCACAAAUAAUUGCGGGGUUUCUAAACAGGGAGACAUUAACAAGCCGAUGAAACAAACGAGAAGACACCGGUCUGUCUCUUUGGAUCGAUAUCUGUUCCUAAAAGCCAAGCAACUGGCGAAGGGUUUAAAUAUAUUUUUACACAAUGCGGAAAAGAGCGGGAAAAGGAACACCUGGGAACAGAAUUGUGUUAAUCGCUCGCGUUCGAUGCCUAAAAUUUUCAAGGAAAAUUUCCCUGACUCAAACGAGUAUUACUUGAGCAGUGACAUGGGUGAUUUGGAGAAUAAUGUUUGGAACGAGAAAACGGCAUUUGAUGCUGUGAAUAAAGAACACAUCUCGGUUGGAGAUGAUCCCAAUAAGCCUUUAAAGAUGACAGGUGUUCUUGACUUGCCAAGAGAUGGAAUAAAUAAUUUAGCAGGAGAUCUUCAGGGAACUCUUUUUGCACAGUCUUCAUUGGAGAAUUCCUCAAAUGAACAGAAUGGUGUUCAACCAAGUAAAGAUAACAUUUCUACCAACGGAGAGAAAAUUGCCCUUCACAAGAAAGUGGGACAUGCUGUUUCCUUGGACACUCAUUUCAUGAUCCAGAAAGGACACUUAACUAUAACAUCAAAUUCUGAGAACAGUGAAUACACAUGUGCAUCCCAUCUCUCUGCCAAAGAGGAUCCCUUUAUUCAAGGAAGAUAUUGCAGCUGUCCAAGCCUGGACUGUGCUGAUCAUUUUUCAGAAGCUAUAACAGCCUGCCUGGAUUUGGGGCGUAGAGAAAGGCCUAUCAUUCCUGAAGUUGAGAAUGAGAAUAGAAGCGAAACUGGCAAUUCUGCUAAGCUACUAGGCAAAGACCAAACUCAACAGAAACAUCCUCAUGCGCAAUCUGACACACUGCGGAAAAUGUCUGACAGCAAUGAAUUGGUGAAUGGGGAAUCUCUGAUUUGUAGAGAUACUGAAUCAACACAGUUGAGAAGUUGGCCUUGUUUGACAUCAACUCCUAAAAAACCUCUGAGGAGAUGUAGCAGUAGCAGUGAUAUUAACACUGAAAGUACCCUCAAUAGAAGUGGAGAUUAUGAUGUGGUGUUUGAUGAUGAUAUUCUGUCGAUAUUGGCACCUGUUAAGCCAAUACCUAAUAAUACAGUGAAAAGGCCCCUUGUUCUAACUUGUGUUGACAGUUUGUCACAAGCCAGUGUUAUCAAGGCUGCUAACAAAACAAUUAAAUCCCAAGAUCAAGUGGUAGAUACAGGUUCUAACUACACAGAUAGUCUCUCCGGAUCACAAGCCUCAUUGUCAUCGACUGGAACAAGUGACGGCAAAGGAAAAAAGAUGUCUGCAACAAAAAGAAUCCCUAGCUCUCUCAAAGCUCCCAAGUCCAAAGCAACAUCAAUACCAACAAGAGGUAACAGCACAUCAAAAACAACACAACAGAAGCAGUCUAGGCUAGAACAAAUACGUCAACAGCAAAAUAAAAAAGUUAACUUAUCAUCUGAGGGUAAAUUUUCAAACAGAACUGGGCCUAAUACAGGACACAAGCAGGAAGUUAAAAUACAGAAACGACACACUCUGGCUACAAUACCUGACCCGAAAUCAUUUGUACCUCGUCCAACAGUCAGUAAAAGACCAAUAAGUGGUGAGGUCAUAGAGCAUUCACCCAAAGAGGAAUCUAAAACCUCAAAACUUCCUGUUAAGAAGCUAAGCACACCAUCACAGAUUUCAAAACCAGCAGCAGCUGCCAAACUGGAAAAGAAAACAGACAGUGCCGCUGUUCAGACACGGCAUAAUACUGUAGGAAGUCGACCGCCAGUAACCGCUGCUGUGAAGAGAGAAUCUGGCUUGGCUAGGUCAGAUUCAAGUGCACGGAAACCUAGCAGGACAGCCCUUCCACAGAAGACUACAGGCAAAGAGAAAGUAAUGGCUAUUAAUGGUGGACAGAAGUCUAUAAGAGAACAAACUCCAGGGUCACUUCAAGGAUCAAAAGGGUCAUGUACAACAGUUGGGUCAAAACUGCAAACAUCAAAUGUGAGGAGAUCUCACAGUUCUACUAAAGAGAAAACACAGGCACCCUCAAAAGCAGUCAACAGACAGACAGCAUCAGCCUCAUCCAAUAAAAAGCCCCUGCAAGUUGUAAAACAACAUACAAAACAAACUCCAGCAAGUCAAAAGCAGGGGUCCUCAAAACUGCCCAGAAAGAUUUCAGGACAGCUUAGCAAUGCUAGCGACAGUGUAUCGGUAACAAGCAGCAUCAGAGACCAAGAUCACCUAGAUGACUUCAUUGAUUCUGAGGGUGAUACGGUAUCUGUCCACUCUGACACUUUCAGCCAUAGUGCAAGAGAUUUCUCAAGCAGAAAUUCACAGCAAGACAACUUUUCUCUUGAGGGAGACACUGCUUUGCACAACUUAGAUGAAAAUGAUGGUUCUACAACAAUGGUACUUGCCAGUUCUCCACUAGAAGUACCCUGCAGAACAAUGCCACCGGAUAUUUUAAGUGAGACACCAUACCUGAUAAAGCAUUCUGUUGGAAUUCAGGUGGAGGAUACAAGUCAUUUAAAAGCUAUUGAGGAUGUCAAGGAGAAAGCACAGCAUCUCAGUGAGCUUUUGAAACACAGGACGGAUCUCUGCAGCCAGCUAAAGGAUCAAAUUGACAACAAUAGUAAUGACUUUGUGGCAGCAUCUCUGCUGAUUCUGACUACUUCACGUAAGCUGGUUUGGUGUCAAAAGUACAGCAAUCAGCUCCAAAGGAAAAUUGAAUCAACUUUUCAGGAGAUGAAAGUCAUUCAGGAGAAACUUGUUGAAGAGGAAGCAAAUUGUGUCAAGCUACAAGAAGAGAUGAUGUACCAGAGAAGUGAACAUGCAGUUGCUAUUGAAACCUUAAAGGCCGACUAUGAAAACCUGCUAGAGGAGACAAGCUCAGAGCUCAAGCGUAAACACGAGGGAGAAAUUCAGUUAGCUAUUGAAACUCACAGAUCACAAGUACAUGAAAUGAAGGAAGAGCAGGAGAAACAGGUGGCACAAAUGAGGAAGACUCAUGAUGAACUCGUAGCAUCCUUAAAGGACAAGCAUCAAGAUGAAAUUGCUGACUUAGAUAGCAAACACUCUAGUGCAGUUGAUGAGCUUGUUGAGGAACACCAAGUGGAAAUAGAAACCAUCAAAGCAGAUUAUGAAGAACAGCAGUCAGAAAUGAAGGAAAAAUAUGACAAGCUACUGAGUGAGCAUGGUUCAUUGAACAGAAAGUUUCAGCAGCUUCAGGAUGAUAAUCAAAGGGAUAUUGAGACCCGAAUACAGGAAGCCAUCAAAAAGUAUGAGUCUUUGCCAGCUGAACUUGAAAGCUUAAAAGCCGUGCUGGAAAUGAAGAACGAAGAGAUAAGGCAGUUGAGGAAGGAGAAAAUGGAGAAGCAUCUGGAGUUGGAGAAACUUGAAGAUGUCAAAGCAAAAACAAAGAAACUUCAGCAAGAAAAUGAGUCGUUAUCUUUUGUGGUGGAGACAAAGUCAAGGUUUGAGAGGCAACUUUCUGUUGAGCGAGACACAUUAAGGAAUAGUUUGGAAAGGGAGUCAGCCAAAAGCAAGAGACUUUCCUUGGAAAAUGAAGAAUUACAGUGGCGUCUGGUCAAUAGCACGAGUCCUCCAUGUACACCAACUGAUGAGGGUGGUCCAUUCUCAAUAGCAAAACAAAAUAGUAAUCGCCUCUCAGCUAGUUUCCCUGAUGUUGAAAGCAUAGAUGAAUAGGAAAUUAAAAGCCAAUGUUUCCAGCUGAAUAUGUAAUGGUUCAAUUCAUCCCAACAACUUGCUAAUAGACAUUAUUUACUAUUAUACGAAAACAAGAAUGUGCAACUAGGCAGGGUAGAAAAUGUCAAAGAAAGUAAGUUAUUGCUUUGCCUGUCAUUCUUCCAUCCAGUACUGCAAUGGCACGGAGAUAGAUGAAUAUUAAUAUGUAAAUGUCUAUAAAAAAAAAAAAAAA